AUGUGGUGGCUUAUCAGCGCCUGUUCCAGCGCCAUCUUCCUGCUGAGCAUCGUCCUCUCGAUCCCCAUCUCCUUUGAUGUCGGGGGCCGCGAUGCCGGCUUGGCCUACUCGCUCUCGCUGUUCCUCUUUUACCUCUUCUACAGCACCAGCAAGCUCCUGACCCCGGAGAAGUCGCGCGUGCGCUGGCUGAUUACCCAUCUCAUUGGGCUGUCGCAAUGGGUCGUUAUCCCAGCUCUGCUCAUCUGGUCUCUCGAUCGCUUCUCGGUCGAUGCGGGCAGCGCCAACUGGGUGACGCGCACGUUUUCGCAUCUUACCGGCAGGCAUAAGACAUGGAAGGAGUGGUUCUUUGGCCAGGAGGGGUUCUUGGAGACUGUCGCGCUUGGCGCCUGGGAUAGCACGCUCAGCUACUCGAGUCCGGUGUUCCAGCUGCUCGAGGGCUUCUGUAGCUUGCUCGUCAUCCAGGCUGCUGGGCAGAUUACCAGGUGGCUUGUUAACCGUGGGAGGAGUGACACUUGGGUUGUAGGCUCCGUCAUCUCCAGCGCCCUCUACUUCCUAUGGCGCGUAAUCUCGUUCCCACAAAUCAACAAGUUUGACGCCACUCUGAUCGGCAUUGCGAUGACUACUGCGCUCUUUCUAUGCGCCUACGGCAUCGCCAGCGGCCGCGGGAACCCUGUCGAGUCCUCACUUCUCUUCGCCUACACCGUCCUCUGCGUCUACCAGAUUUUCACCGAUUACCAGCCCUCCCCUGAGGCCGCGGCUGCCGCGGAACAGGCCGCUGCUGCCCAACCCGACUUCCCCCCUCUCCCGCCGAUCAUCAUGGCGUCCUACUCGACUCUCAUGCACAUCCUGGGCAGCCUUCCAACUGCGGUCAACUCCGCCUUCCAGUUCCUCUACGCCGCCUUUCAGACCAUCACACCCUCCGUUAUCAUCUCCCUGACCUACCGCACCAUCGUCUUCUACUGCGCCACGCGCAUCAUCCCUGCCGUGCGCGAGCUGGGCGCACGUGCGAUCCUGGAGGAUCCGUCGUUGGAGGAUUCGGAGGACUCCGAUGCUGCCAACAGGUUGUUGGGUUUCUUAAGUUGGUUCUCGCCCUCCAUGCUCAUCGCGCUGUAUACCUCCCUGCUGCUUCAGCACUUUAGUGUGUCGGCUGAUGAUGCUGGGUGGACGCUGCGCGCGGGGGAUGUCGGUGGGAGUACCUGGCGGUGGGUGAAUAUCGCUGCGACGAUGGGGUUGUAUGCUGUGGAGUUGUAUCUCGGUGGGGAUGGCGAUGGGGGUGCGCAUUGGAAGACGGAUUGA